AUGCGAUGUGCUAGAAUGAAAUAUGAUACAACUACGGGGCUGAAUUUGAAUCAACGAUUUGAUUUAUCGAUUUCCUAUGAGAUUACCAGAAGUUUUGUUUUUGGAACUUUGUUCAAUCUAUGUCUUCAAAUUGUCCUUGCGAUUUUGUCGCUGCUCAUCUUUUUCGAAGUUCUCGAUGCUUCCACCCUCGCAUUCUCAUCUCUAGAAUCAAUCGUAACUUUGGAAAUCGCAUGUUUCCCGUGGAUUGUUCUCAUAUCGAAUCGGAAAUGUUGA